GGAUAGAGGAGAAUGGAUCGGAAAACCAUCCCUAAUAAAUUGGAUGUUGAGUAUACGCAUCAGAUUGAUAUCAGAUCAGUAAUCAGUUGAGCUAUUCAAGUGAGAACCAAGCAGAUGGUGGUAGAAAUGGUACCCUGUUAAAUUUCCCGCUUGUAGCUUGUGGCUAGAUUAUAAAUGACAUGACUAUACCGUAGGAUGGUGAUCCCUACAAUGUUCCAUACUAGCAGUUAGUAUGUGUUAAUCGCUCUUAGAGUCAGGGUGACGUUCUACACCGUCUGAUAAAUCGUAAUAUAAAGGUUCGAAUAAAAAAGGGACAAAUAAUAAGGGAAGGAAAAGGGAAGGAUCAAAGGAGGGAAGAGGAGUUUGAAUUAGACGAAAUUUAUAAGCAGUGAUCGGCCCUACGUGUUCACCUUGGAAUUAGAAUUUCAAAUUAGCUAAUAUUUGUGUUUAAGAUAAAUUAGAAGAACGAAGAUCAUCAAAACGUCGCUAGUUCCCAAGGAAGUAGCAUGAUCACGGGAACAAUUUGUUGCAUAGUGAAUUUCAGUUUUUUAAUAAUAAAUCCUAAUAAAUCAAAUGAUUAUCGUAUAAUUGAUAAUAUAAAUGGUAUUUAAAAAGAAAAAAUCGGUCAAACAAGACUAGUUAUACGUGAAAACCAUCAUUUGUGAUGGUAAUAACGACAACGACAAGAAUAAUAACAUCAUGAUUAGUGUGACAGGGAUUUGUUUUUAUGUGUGAUCCACUAAAUGGAAAAGUCAGUAAAACUCAGUCGUAUAAAUGCUGUCCAGUAGCCACAUGAUUUGGUCAGUGAUAGACGGUUUGCUCUGUGUAAUAAUAAUAUUUGGGAACACUUUAACUAUACUGGCAAUUAGGCUGAGCCGUCGUCUGAGAAAUGUCAAGUCAAAUCAUUUCGUCCUGAGUUUAGCAAUUUCAGAUUUUCUUGUCGGACUGACACUGCCCUACCACCUUUCUUUUUAUAUAGUAGAUGAAUUGAACCUAGUAAAAGUCGCUUGCGUAUCAAGAUUUGUCCUGAUUUCUUUCGCCUGCUCAGCCAGCAUAUACAACCUUAUCGCUAUCGCUGGAGACAGAUAUAUUUCAAUUGUUCAUCCUUUGAAAUACACAAGGUACAUGAGCAAAAAAGUCGUCUACGUGAUUAUUGUCAUAGGCUGGAUGACUGCCCUCGGUAUAUCAAGUAUACCGACUUGGUGGAAUUGUUUCGACUUCGCCGACGAAUGCGAAAUGGACACUGUCCUACCUAGAUAUUAUACAGUGGCAGUUUUAACGCCAAUGUUGUUCGUCUCGUGGAUAACAAUGUUCGUUUUAUAUUGGCGAAUUUGGAGGGAAGCCAGCACCCAUGCCCAAAGAUUGAGGGACAAUAGUCUGUACAACGAUGUACCGAGCGACUGGAAAAGCGUACAGGUAGUUCUUAUGGUACUCGGAUGUUUUUCAAUCUGUUGGUUACCGUACUUGAUAGUGGCAUGCACACGUUCUUUCGACUGGAGUUCAAAAGCAUCUCCAGUAACAUAUAAAGCGAUGUUUUCCCUAGCUAUGGCAAACAGCGGAAUGAAUCCGAUUAUUUACGCGUGGAAAAACACUAAUUUUCGCAAGGCGUUUGAAAGGUUGUUGCACUUUGAGUCUCCAGAUCGAAACUGUUUCAAUUCGAGCCUGAAAAACUACUUGAAGAAACAACAGGAACUCAUGAAGAUAGAAUCAGGUGGCAGUCAGGAGACCGACAGUGCUGGGAUAAAAACGAUAAGCGAUAAUUAUUGUUUCGAAACGGAAGAGAGGGCACAAAUCACAGCUGUAUAGACGUCUGUAUAUCGGAAUCUCCAAACAAAAAUAUAACAUGCAGUGUGCACGAUGUAACGUAACUAUUUGAGUUUCUGACUCACGCACCUCAACUCCAGUUACUCCAAGGGCAGUUUUGAUGUUUGGCGUCAUCCUGAAUGGCACCUUCUCAGGCACUCUCAAGGUCUUUCCCUUCUCAAAGCAUACGUUGUAAUCAAUGUGAACUACUUCUCCGGUGUUAAGGUCUACCAGGACAUUGUCCAAGUGACGAUCACCCAGUCCAAUUAUAUAUCCAAUUAUCGACAUCACUGCAACGGAGUAGGAAUAAUUUUUUGUCGCCUGCCACCAGCUGCCAGGAUUUAUGCUGUUGCACCAUAUUUCUCUAAAUUUGGUGAGAAAGGAAGAGAGAUUAAAAGUGCUUGAAAACAA